AAGAAAAAAAUGUGCACAUUCUGUGGAUGUGCACUCGGAUGAAAUAGGAAACUGCUUCCUUUCAUCUUCACAGCAACGAUAGCUCUGCUAAAUAAAAUACAGAUACUGUUGGAGAGAGAGAGAAGGGCUAAGGAACGGAGGAUUGGAAGCGCAAAUCUGAAUUCUCUCGUCGAGAGCAAUCUCCCUUGCUUCUCACCUUCAUCGAAGGCAUCUGUUAUCGAUCAUCGAUAACAAUUCUUAUCUCUGCUGCGAAAUUUUCUUCCCGCGGAAGUUUCCAGGUGGGAUUCUCGAGAAUUCACCGGAGAUAUCUUAAUUCUUCCAAUUGGCUGAAUCUUCGACGUUGUCAUACUGCUCACAGUUCAAUUCGACGCUCGGCUUCUUGGCCUAGGGUUUCACUUUUGUGAUCCUUCGGGAUCUUCCAUGAAAUUUACGGUUCUAGGGUUCGAAGAUGCCGGAGGGUGUGACUUUGGAUAAGAGCAUUACGCUAUCUCCGACGAGUUCUCUGUCUGUGACCGAAACUGUUAAUGGCUCCCACAAGUUUGUGAUUCAGGGAUAUUCCCUUGCGAAGGGAAUGGGGAUCGGUAAACACAUUGCGAGCGAUAAUUUUAACGUCGGAGGAUAUGAGUGGGCGAUAUAUUUCUAUCCUGAUGGGAAGAACCCUGAGGAUAAUUCAACCUAUGUUUCUGUUUUCAUUGCGUUGGCGAGCGAAGGCACGGACGUCCGAGCUCUUUUCGAGCUGACGCUUGUUGAUCAGAGCGGGAAGGGUAAGCAUAAGGUUCAUAGCCAUUUUGAUCGGUCUCUGGAAAGCGGUCCUUAUACCUUGAAGUAUCGAGGGAGUAUGUGGGGUUAUAAGCGCUUCUUCAGAAGAGCCAUGCUUGAAUCUUCAGAUUUCCUCAAGGAUGAUUGCUUGAGAAUUAAUUGCACUGUCGGUGUUGUGGUUUCGGCAAUAGAUUGUUCAAGAUUACACUCAAUACAUGUCCCUGAUUCUGAUAUUGGAGCACAUUUUGGUAUGCUACUGGAGAAUCAGGAAGGUUCCGAUGUCAUUUUUGACGUAGCUGGGGAAAAAUUUUACGCUCACAAGUUGGUGUUGGCUGCUCGAUCCCCUGUCUUCCAAGCUCAAUUUUUUGAUGGGUUGGCAGAAGAUAAGCAUGAAAUUCUCAUUACAGAUUUGGAACCCAAGGUCUUUAAGGUGACUACGGCCACUGUGCUUUCCUAUGCUGUGGAUUUAAUUAUUAAGGUUUCCUUUGUUGGGAUACCUACUUCAUUCCUUGUUAUUGUUGUUCUUUUUUGUCGGAACUUAUCCUUCAUAUGUAUUGGACAGGCUAUGCUACUCUUUAUUUACAGGGAUACUGUAAUAGAAGACGAGGAGCUGGUCUCAUCAAGUUCAUCUUGUGUAUCCUCUGUGUCUGAAACAUUAGCUGCAAAGUUGUUAGCUGCAGCUGACAAGUAUGAUUUGACGAGACUUAGACUGGUAUGUGAGUCUUAUUUGUGCAAGGAUAUAUCUGUGAACUCUGUUGCCCAAACUCUUGCUUUGGCUGACCGUUAUCAUGCCAUGGAGCUAAAAGCUGUGUCUCUAAAAUUUGCUGCUGAAAACCUUGGAGCUGUCAUUCGAUCAAAUGGGUUUGAGUACCUCAAAGAAAAUUGUCCAGCAUUGCAGUCAGAGCUUCUGAAGACAUUGGCAGGGUGUGAGGAGGAAUGUAGCAGUGGUGGGAAGAGCCACAGUGUGUGGGCCCAGCUCUCAGAUGGUGGUGAUACCAAUAGCAGGAGGGUAAGGCAACGAACCUGAUAUCUUAAACAUCGUCGUAAAAAUCUAGCUUGGGAAACAUGGUCAUGUAAAAUGAUAGGAUUUUUUGUUUUUUCGUGGGGGUGGGAGGGUGGGGGGGAAGAACACCCCUUGGGAGAAGAAAAAAUGGGAAAUGCGGCCUCCGUCGAGUCAAUACUUUGACGUGAGUUUAUUGGAUGGUAUGGUGCGAUGGCAAUGAACUUGAUGUUGUAGGCUUUUAACAGCUGCUGACAUUUAGAGAUAAAACUAGCUAUUGUGAAUC